AUGUUUCAAACACCAUCCAUCAACGAUCCAACAUACCCGAAAUCAUUCGACGGCAAUCAUCAAGACGCACUAACUUGGUGGCAGUACUUCGAGAAUUGGCUUACUUUUAAACACUGGCUUCCAAGCAAUGAUGCGAAUAUUCAAAGUCAAUAUUACGUUGAUAACAUGAAAACGAUUGUCGCACUUUUGAGUUUGCUUUUCAAAGAUGUCGACAAGAACGAUUACAACUACUUCGGCGCACUUAUUGGAGGUCUACGUGACGAUAUCAGAAGAGACAUCACCAUUAUGAAACCAACUAACAUUGACGAACUUUAUGAAGCAGCGAGGUUAGUGGAAAACAAUUGUUUACAUAACUCCCAUGAUAAUGAAAUCGCUAACACGCUGAUGAGAUUAGAAGAGUCAAUUAAUAAUAUAAAAGUUGCAAGAGUUGAUGAUAAUAAGUACAAGUUGCGUAGUCGCGAGCGAGAUGAUUAUGAUUACGACAAAGACCGCAGAUCAAAUCAUUAUAAUGAUGAGAAAUCAAGAAAUCGUAGUGACAGCAGACCAAGUAGCAUUAGAUCAAGAUCGAGUAGAUCCCGUUCAAACUCUCCUAGAGACAGUAAUAGACAGCAACAGUUUAUUCCACGAAACAAGAGCAACGAGCGAAGAGUUAGAUAUUACGAACCAGUUAAACAACUAACACUUUAUAAAUGUAAUAACUGUGGAACAGAACACACAUCAGGAAAAUGCCCAGCUUACAACAAGCAGUGUUUCAGAUGUAACAAGAUAACAAGAUGA